AUGCCUAAACAAUAUAGAAGCAUCAAUCAUGAUGACACAGCUUUUCUUUAUUUUUCUGCCUUAAUCCUUCUGUUAAUGCUGCUGCCGGUUUUGUAUCACUUUAUUUUGUACAAAAUCUUUAAGAAAAAACAAACUGAAAAAAAGAAUGAAAAUCUGCAGCAGUGUAUAUGUGCUUUUUGUGAAGAUAAAAGGGAGAAAUGCAGAGUUAAGCCUACUUUUGGAAAAGCGGGGGUUUUCCAGCUGGUUUAUAUAGUUACUGUAGGGUAUUUGCUUUUGUAUACGAUAGAGUCAAUUAAGCUUGACCAAACUCCACAAGAAAUUUUUGACCCUUAUGAGAUUUUAGGUAUAGGUGAGGGUUCUUCUGAAAAAGAGAUCAAAGCGGCGUUUAGGUCAUUAAGCAAAGUGUAUCACCCUGAUAAAAACCCAGAUUAUGAAGAAAAAUACAUAACAAUAGUCAAAGCUUAUCAAUCCCUUACUAAUGAAGAAGCUAGCCUCCUCAUUUGGUUAGAGAGUAUAGCAUUCCAAAAAUCCCUAUUUUUUGAUAAGCGGUAAAAAAAAAUUUUUAAUAUCAUUUUUCUUUAUAUAAAAUAUUUUUGAUAUAUAAUUGAUAGUUAUAAUAAUGAGAUCUCCAGCUAAUUCUAUUAAAUUUUAAGCUGUUGAGCUCUAAAACAUUGACUUUAUAAAUUAAAUAGAUUAAAUCAUCCAAUAUUUUACAAUCUAUUUUUUUGUAAAAAAAAAAAUAUAUCUUAAAUUUAAAAAAACAAUUUGUGAGAAACAAGCGAAAAGAGUAAGAGAAAUUUAAUAAAAUAUGGCCAUCCUGAUGGGCCACAAAGAUGAAGAUUAGAUUAAAUGCAAUUAUAGCAGACCAUGGGGACAAUUUCUACCCCUAUCCAUCCCAGUCCGGCUUCAUGCACAGGUGACCUUAAGGCUCUGGUGCUUACACAUAACGCCCUUUUCAUGUCGAAGUCACCAAAAAAUUGAAGUCAGAGAGUUCUAAGAGGGGACUCACCUGAACAAGCUUGGGCCAUCUCUACAGCAAAGAGCUCUUAGUGAUGAGGCUAUGAGUUGAUCGUCCAAUACCACUUUCUUAAUUACUCUGCCUUUUACAGGCAAAUUAUUGCUCCCAAGAAAUACUGCGCUGUCAGUAUCUUUCUGUGAGCUCAGGACAAAAGCCUGCUGUGGAGUCUUAACCAUGAAAAACCCACCUGGGACCACAAAGAAGAAUUGUAAAAUUUAUGUAGUUUUCAAUAGGGCUGCCUGAGUUUUUGGUGAAUCCAGAAAACAAAGUCCCAGUUUUAAUAGGAUUUUUAAUUAUGAUAUUAGGAAUUCCUAUUAGUGUCAUAAUUUGGCUCAGCUGCGGACAAAAGAAAGAUAAGAAUGGAGUGUUUGAAAAUAAUAAGCACAUCUAUGCCGAGCUAUUAGAUACAAGUUCAGAUUUUCUUGACAUUCUGUACAUUAUAGCCAAUAGCGAAGAGUUUAGUAAACUCCCAUUAAUUGAGGAAACAGAAAUCGAACAAAUAAAGGCAGAAUUUUCAGAAAUUUUAAGAGAAAAAUCAAAAGAUUGAAGUGUUUCUCAUUUAAAAACAGUUCUAUUAUUACUCUCACAUAUAAAUAGAAAGGCUCUUUCCGCUCCUCUUCAAAAUCAGCAAGACUUUAUUCUUUUGCACACACCGAAUAUUCUUAAUUCCAUUAUUGAGCUUGGGUUUAUUCUCUCAGUUUACGUCAAAGACUCCAAAGUCUCUAAAAUCAAUUUAUUUAAAAAAAUCAUCGAAGUUUCUCAAUGUAUCACACAAGGCUUGCCUGAGAAUUCUAAUGAAUUGCGAAUGGUUCCUUAUCUAAACGAUUCAAAAAUCAUCAAUAAUUUAAAAACCAAAAGAAUUAACACUAUUUCUGAUUUAAAGAAAAAUUUGGAUGUUUUGCAGAAUUUUCAGAUAAAAAGUUUGGAAGAUGUAAAACUGUCUUUGCAAUAUUUUCCAGAAAUGGAAGCCAGUGUUUCUGCGUGUGUAAAAGAUGAAGAAGAUAUAAGAUAUGGAGAUAUUGUAACUGUUAGUAUUAUUAUUAAUAAAGCAAAUAUAAAGGAAAACGAAAAAACUGGGCAAGUCCACUCUUGGCUUCCAUUUAUGAAAAAUGAAAAAUAUUGGGUACUUAUUAGCGAUCCUAAAACAGGACAAAUCUAUUAUGCUAAUUUUAUAGGGAUAAUAAUAGGAAAUGGCUUGAAUUAUUUACUAGGCAAUUUAUGAAGGGAAUAGAUAUGUGAGAUCUUUAGAAGCUAUUGAUAAAAUUACAGUUCAUGAAGGUUUUAGGUUUCAUGCGAAAGAUGAUUUUCCUUCUUUUAAAAAUAACAAAAUAUCUUUGGAAGUCAAUGCGAUUUCAGAUUCGUAUCUUGGUGCAGGCGUUUCUUUACCUUUGGAUAUAGAAGUUGAUCCAGAGCAAUCAGAGACAGCUAAUUAUUCUGAUGAGGAUUAA